GGGGGGAGGUGGAGGGAGGUAAGGGCCCGCCUCCUCCCCCCCCUCCCCGCGCAGCCGGUGGUCUCUCCUGACUCGCUCCGCCCGUUGCCCUUGGCGCGGGCGCUGCGCUAGGCCCGGCGGCGGCGAGAGCAAUCAUGGUGAAUUUCGCCCAAGCUGUGCGUGAUCACUGGGUUCACAUCUUUGUUCCACUAGGAUUUGUGAUUGGAUGCUAUUUGGACAGAAGGAAUGAUGAAAAACUGUCAUCCUUCAGAAACAAGAGCUUAUUAUACAAAAGGGAGUUGAAGCCUGGUGAAGAUGUUACAUGGAAAUAAAGACUGCUGAUGGAAUGGGAAAUAUUUUUGUUUGACUUGUGAGAUAAGAUGAUAAAUCAAUGGAAGAGGGUUAUGGUUUUAUCUUAUGAGAAUAUGCAAAGGGUGCCUGCAGUCCAUCAGCACCAGUUUAAUUUGCAGUCUUAUUUUUGGAAGGUGGUUGAAUUACGUGACUAAUAUGUAUCCAAGAAUUCCAUUAGUCCAUAUGUGUUGAGAAACUUUAGUCCCCAGCAGUCGUUCUCUGGAGGCAGAAGAAAGAUUUAUGUAAUAAAGAAAAACUAUGCAAAAAUCAUUGGUGUUAUUGAUCUG